AUGGCAAGUGUGCUGCGAGUAAACCAGCUAGAUGCACGGCGUUUGGAUGGCGAGAUCACCUCCAUUCUAAGGCAGCAGCUGCUCGAAGCCACCACCGCGACGUCGCAGUGGUCACUGGAGCCUUUCGUCCCGGAGCUGGAUCUACUGCUUGGUGCAACUCUCUGGAGGUACACAGUGUGGAUUAACGAGCCCACGCCUGGCGGACGAUUGCAAAACGUGCGUCACGCUCGCCUCAGCGCAGAAGGCCAUGUGCAGCCCCUGACAAGAGCUCAGCGGAUCGGCUUCCUGGCAUUGUGGGUCCUUCUUCCCUGGCUGGCAGCACGGGUGCAGGAUAUUUGGCAGCGCCUUGAUGUCCCUGAGGAUUCUCCCCUGCAGUGGUUCUGGAAGGGGUUUCGACGCCUUCUUCCACGGGCAACUGCUGUACACUCCAUCCUAGUAGUUUGGAAUUUUUUGCUGUUUCUCAGGUACGGUGAGUGCAGUGAGCUGCGUGACAGACUUCUUGGCAUUCGGAUGGUACAUAUCGAUCCAGUAGCGCGUCGACAGGUCGCCUUCGAGUACAUGAACCGUGUCAUGAUCUGGAACGGCCUUUCCGAGUUUCUUCUGACGGUCAUGCCGCUGGUGAAUGUGUCGCGGCUGCGGCGAUCCAUAACAAGGCGGCUCCUGCCAAAGGCAUCGACGCGUGCGGAUGCAGCAAGGGCCGAACUUUCUUGUGGAUUCUGUGGAGCAUCACCGAUGACGGUGCCAACGCGGACAAACUGCAACCAUGUGUUCUGCUACUACUGUGUAGCGAGCGAGCUGAUGGAGCAACCAAAGGCUUUAGCAUGCCCGCAUUGCGGGGAGCAGAUCGAGAAGUUGAGGCAUGCACGCUGA